GACUCUGUUCCAUAAUAAUGCGACGAGGAGACCACUAGAGCGACAAUCAUCGAAUUAGCUUGGAUUGCCUAUUCUGUGUUGUCAAUAAUUAUCUAGUGCCACAUUCGAAUAAAUUUUCUGUUUACUGCUUCUAGAUGGAGCCACCGUACCUAUUUGAUUUCGUAAUUUUAACAGAUUUGAGGGCGUUUAUACUUAUUCUUGUACAGCUGGGUUUCACUAAUACCAUUAGAACUUACUUUUAAAUAUGUAAAUAUUGGUAGUAAAUCAAUUUUGUAACUCCGAGGCACUUUAUUUUCUAUUGCGCACAUUUUUAGUAAACCUUUCUUGUAUUAGAUUAUAUUCAUAGUUUCAAUUUUUCUUUAACAUCAUUCAACGUGUGAUGGUGUGGUGCACAAAUUAGCUUAGCAGAAUCUUUCUCUUAAUCUGUAAACGUUAAUGCACAUCUCAAUGUCUCAGAUCAGGUACAGAAUUGACAGUUGAAGUGUCACAAGGUUUACAAGAAUAAGUACCUUCUCAAAUCUAUAGAAGCUGAAUACGUCGGUGGCUCUUGAGCCAUAAGUAAUUACAAAUUAAAAUCAACAUUAAAGCAUGCUUCACUGCUUACUUCAUGUUUUUGUUCAGCAAUUGAUAUUAUAUUUUGUGGAAUAUCAUAUCAGAUUUGUCUAAACCUAAUAAUAUUGACGUUUUUGUUCUACAGGAGAUUGAAAAGAAAAUUUGUACCUAUUAGAUUGUCUUAUCAAGGUUACAUAGGUAACCUAAAUCGGUAGCAAUUAGGAGUAUUCGUGCGCUCCUCGAGGCACCGAGCGACGAUGGCUAAGCCUCUGUCGGUCGCCAAAGCUCGAUUCAUAUGAUACUGUAAUUGACAAAUUAAUGUGUUGUCGUGGUAUUUUAUAUUGUAUGUUGACUGUUAAGUACUCGCUCCUUAUAAUGAGCUAACAUGCUCGAAGCCGUACGGAGGCGAUCCGGGAAGACGAGUGCUGCUUCCACGAGAUAAAAGUCGUUCGUCGACCUUGAUCAUCUUGCAAUGGACUCAUACACCGGUACAAAGUUGACCCAAAUGAGAUCCCAGUGGAACAACAGGCGGGCUCCACCCUGCCCCUCAUGGAGAUCCCGGGCAGGGAUAUUGAAGCUGAUGAGGAUUAUAAUCCAUUCGAGCACAGGAAACUGGCGCACCCUACAUCAGAUAUGGAUACCUUGAUACAUUUGCUGAAAGGAUCGCUCGGAAGUGGUAUCUUAGCCAUGCCAAUGGCGUUCCGCAAUGCAGGUCUCUACUUCGGCCUGAUAGCAACGUUUGCGAUUGGUGGUAUCUGCACAUACUGUGUGCAUGUACUUGUGAGGACUGCGCAUGAGUUGUGCAGAAGGAUACAGAAGCCAUCUCUUGGAUUCGCUGAGACCGCCGAAGCCGCUUUUCUAUCUGGACCUCCUGCCGUACACAAGUUCUCACGACUCGCUAAGGCUAUGAUCAACUGGUUUCUCGUCAUCGACUUACUCGGUUGCUGCUGUGUCUACAUCGUUUUCGUCUCCAAGAACGUUAAACAAGUAGUCGAUUUCUACGCAACAGGCACCUCCUGGUACGACGUGGAUCUUCGCAUCUACAUGGCUGUGCUUCUCCCCCUGCUCAUCCUUAUGAAUCUGAUCCGAAACUUGAAGUACCUUGCACCCUUCUCUAUGAUCGCUAACCUGUUGGUCGGAACUGGAAUGGGAAUCACUUUCUACUACCUCUUCCAAGAUAUCCCUAGUUUAAGUGACCGUACGCCUUUCGCUGGAUUUGAGCGCCUACCAACCUUCUUCGGAACUGCCAUCUUCGCCCUUGAGGGAAUUGGUGUUGUCAUGCCCCUGGAAAACAACAUGAAGACCCCCACUCACUUCAUUGGUUGUCCCGGCGUUCUUAACACUGGCAUGUUCUUCGUGGUGUCACUGUAUGCUUUCGUCGGAUUCUUCGGAUACCUGAAAUAUGGUGAAAACACUAAGAGCAGUAUUACUUUGAAUCUCCCAGAACAGGAAGUAUUGGGUCAAUGCGUCAAGCUUAUGAUAGCUGUGGCCAUAUUCUUCACGUACAGUCUUCAAUUCUACGUGCCAAUGGAAAUUAUAUGGAAAAACGUGCGCCACUGGUUCGGAGCCAAGAAAAACCUUGCCGAAUACAGCAUCAGAAUUGGAAUCAUCAUAUUGACCCUGUGCACGGCUAUCGCCAUCCCUAACCUUGGUCCCUUCAUCUCACUUGUCGGCGCUGUCUGUCUCUCUUUCCUUGGCCUUAUAUUCCCGGCUGUAAUCGAAACCGUCACAUAUUGGGACAGGCCGAAUGGACUCGGUCGCUUCAACUGGGUGCUAUGGAAGAAUCUGUUCAUGGUUUCUUUUGGAAUCCUCGGUUUCUUGACAGGGGCUUAUGUAAGCAUUUUGGAUAUAAUCCAUGGAGAGGAAUAAGAUCAGACACGCAUGACCAUUUUAUAGAAUAAGGCUCAAUACAUCGGAUAGGAUAGAACUCUAAGCCGGUUUGAAAUGUUUGGCUUCGAUGGGUUGAUUGACUUCCUACCUACUGCUUCCAUUUAAAUAUAUUAACGUUUUUGAAAAAUAUUGAUUGUUUUUUCGAAAUUCCUUUUUAGGGAUAAACGUGCACAAAAGUAACUCAUCUGAUGUUUGUGUCCUAUUAAAUCUUCGAACUUAGUAUAACUUAUGUUAAUUUUAAUUUCGCUUUUAGUAUUUUUAUACUAUCUGUGGUUGCUACCACUGUAAUUUUUAUAUAGUAAAGUUGUAUUGUCAGAAUAAAGUUGAGUUACAGAAUGUAAUGCUCAAUAUAUUCUUAAAUUGUUUGAGAUUAGCAUUAUCUACUUUCUGUCUAUUAACGUUUUGAGUUGAAAUUUAGUUCAGGCGAAGCAGGUUGUGUAUUCCUAUUACUUACAUUUAUUUAGCCCCGAAACUCUGUAGCCAUUUUAGUUGUAAGGAAAGUGUAGAUAAAUCUACUUUUAUAUAUGUGUGAGAAUUUGUCUAGUGCAUUAUCGAAAUGUGAUACAAUUUUAGGUUAACUAAAAGGCAUUAUGGUAUUGGAAAAAUGACUAAAAAGAUGUUACUUGUUACAAAAAUAGACAAUAUAUUAAUGUGUAGUUGUUAGCAAAAUUUGGACCAGGCUAUAGCAAGCCAGGUUGUAAUAAAAAUGGAUUACAAUUUUGGGGUCUAAUAGUAGAAACAUUGUUCGUGAUAAUAAUUAUGGCAUUUCCAUUACCAAAACAAUUACAUAUAGGUAUAUAACUGCUUAUGUAGGUAUAUAAAUAUUCAUAUCGAGCUUUUUGGAAAUUGUGAACUGAAGCAUUUAUCUAUAGGUACAAGGUUAAGAUCUUUUGUCUGGAUCGAUAAUUAUUAUAUAAAAAAAACUCAGACGACAAAGUUGGCAAAUCUCAAAAUUAGAUUCAUAUGUUUACCUAUAAAGACUGGUUUAUAUUGUAUACUAUUAUUUGUCGCAAAAAUAUUAUUCUCAAUUAUUGUCUUUCGAAGUCUCAAAAUUUAAGUUGCUGUUAUAGAACGUAAGAUGUUAAAAGGGUUACUUUUCCAUUACAAUGACGUAAAUAUCGAAAUCAUUAUACGUGAAAGUAAAUAAUGUAACCUUAUAGUUCCUCGUACAAGUUUGAUUCUGAAUAUUUAUUUAGAUACUAACCGAGUGAAUGUAUGAGCAAAUACGAAUGGCUAUAAUUAAGAUAAAUAAAAAAAAUAUUAUAAAAAUGAUCGUGUGAUAGUCAUUCUGUAUUAGAUGUAGUCCAUAAGUGUUUUAUUUUAAAGUCAGGCUGUUUUGCUUGACUCAUAAAAAUAUUAUCGUUUCAUUAGCGACGUAUCAGCCCUACUGUACUGAUUCUGCCAAAAUUAUGUUGUAAAACAAUGUUAGUUACUCUAUUGUUUUAUGCAAAAUUUAAUCUGAGUCAGAGCAUUUUGGGGGACAAUAGUGAGUUUAAAAUUAUAAGUGAAAUCUGAAGUUUAACUAAACAAUCCACUUACGGUAGAUUACCUACCUUAAAUAUUAAAUACAUUAUAACGUCAAUUGUUUACAAUCAAACAGCAGUGCUACAUAUAUUUUCAUGUUAAAAUAUUUUGUUUUACCCAAAAGAUAAAUUUAAUACCAAUGUAUGGUUUAAAAAAUAAUUAAUGGGAUAUAUCAUUCCUAUAUAUUUUGGUAUGAAGUACCGAUCUAAAUAUUUUAGAUACUUAGAAGUGGUUGUUUUGUUACAGUAUUAAAAUAAAUAUAAUUUAAGGAA